AUGGUUAGGGCAAAAAUCGUGGCUUUGCUGAGAAGCAGAUCCAGGCUACUCGUAGUGGUGGCACUGGCUGUGUUCUUGGUGGCCAUCACGUUGCAAGGCACGUCUGGCAAAGAGGUCCUCUCGGAGCGCGAGAAUGCCGUGAUCGUUUCUCUGGCUAGAAACGAAGAGCUGCAUGCUUUGCUGGAGUCGAUACAGAGUCUGGAAGAUAGAUUCAACAACAAAUUCCACUAUGACUGGAUUUUUCUCAACGAAAAGCCCUUUUCCGAGGAUUUCAUUAAUGAGACCACUGCAAUGGUAUCUGGUAAGACACAGUAUGGGCUCAUUCCAUUGGAGCACUGGUCGUUUCCAGAUUAUAUUGAUACGGAGAAGGCCAAAAAAAGAUUUACAGAAUUAGAAAACGUCUACAAAUACGGUGGUCAGGAGAGCUAUCGCCACAUGUGUCGCUUUAACUCCGGGUUCUUCUACAAGCAUGAGUUGCUGAAACCUUACAAAUACUACUGGAGGGUGGAACCGGGGGUUAAGUUUUACUGCGACAUCAACUAUGACGUAUUUAAGUUUAUGAGGGAGAAUAAUAAGGCUUAUGGAUUCACGGUGGCUUUGUUUGAAAACCCAAAGACGAUUCCAUCGCUAUGGUUGGCCGUUCGUGAUUUCCUUUCCAUCAACGGCCUUCCAACGGAGAACUUCAUGGAGUUUCUUUCUUCCAAUAAAGGCACAGACUAUAACACGUGCCAUUUCUGGUCGAAUUUUGAGAUUGCUGAUUUGGAUAUCUGGAGGUCUGAGUUCUACGAGAAUUUUUUCAACUUUUUGGACAGAACAGGUGGCUUUUUCUAUGAGAGGUGGGGUGAUGCCCCGGUUCAUACAAUUGGUGCUGCUUUGCAACUCUCAGCAGACAAAUUUCAUUUUUUUGAGGACAUUGGCUAUUCUCAUCCACCUAUUACUGCUUGCACGAACAACGAUGUUCUCAGGAAGAAAAACAAGUGUUCGUGCAAUCCGAUGUUUGACUUCAAUCCUAAUUACUAUGUCAGUUGUAUGGAACACUUCAUGGAAGUGAGCCGCAUGGAGUAUCCUGAAGGAUGGGGCCAUUUCGUUCUGCCCACUCUUGGGGGUGAGCCAGAAACUCCAAUGAUUGAGUCGCAGACAGAGAGUUUGAAAUAUCUCCAAAAACUUUUUGAGCAGAAGAAGAGCGGGACCAUCAAGAUUGAUGGAGUAAUUGAGGACCCGGGUUUCCAAGAGGAGUUGCAAAAGUUUGAAGCUGAGCUCAAAGAAAAGGCCGAGAAAGAGAAGAAAGAGAAGAAGGAGGAGGCCGAGAGGAAGAAGGCCGAAAAAGAGGAGGCAGAGAAGGCAAAGAAGGCCGAGAGGGAGAAUGAUGAAAGAGAAAGGGCUAAAGCUGAGGCUGAGGCUGCUGAAAAGAAGAAGGAUGAGGCUCAGUAA